AUGGAAGCUGCGUGUGACACUUUAACGUCCACCUCGAACCUGCGCACGCAGUACAUGGCGGUGCUGAGGGAAGUGCGGCAACUGCAGGACCACUUUGGGCUCUCCAUCGCCUGCGAUGUGGCUGCCAACAUCACCACCCUGUUGUACAGCAUCGACCUUUCCCUUACCUUUGCUCCAAUGGGGUACCAGAUGCGCAUCUUCACAAUAAGUACGAUUUUCAUAUGUUACUCCCUGUUGCGCCUCUUGGUGGUCGCUGAGACCUGCGCCGCAGCAUCCAGCGGUGCUGAUGAGGUCCGCAGUCUGUUCGCUGAGUGUUCGCUGGAGGUUCCGCCAUUGCGCUUCUCCGCUGCCGGGUUCUUCUACGUUGACAGGUCGCUGCUCGUCUCAGUCAUCAGUAUUACCGUCACGUACGUCAUAGUGCUGUACCAGUUCCAUUCCGUAUAG